AUGCAGCAAUGCCCUCCAUCGUUCCUCCAUCCUCUCCUCCAGUCGCGACUUUGUCAUCGAACCAAGUGUUCACGCAGACAGCCAUAUCUGCCUUCACUAGUGCCAACUCCUCCCUUCAAUGCAAUAGAACUUCUCGGAUGUGCCUUUCCUUGGCGCUGUUGUAAGCCAAAGACUCGAAAGCGCAAUCCACCUCAUUAUUACCUCAUCCUCAAAGCCUUACGUCGUCGAGUCAAGCCUCAAAGAGUACAGUUCUAUCGGAAGACGGCAAGAACAAAAGAAAAGAAAAGAAAAAGGCAACAGAAGCAAGCCAAAAAGCAAGCAACAAGCGUUCCCCAUCAUUGGAACUCACCUUCAGAUGAAGAGAUUCUCGAAGACUAUACAAGGAACAAGCAUCGUUUCCUUCACUUGAGCUUCAUCCAGAUCGACGCCCAGUAUGGAGUUGACCUCGACCAGUUUGUUCGAAGCGUCGAUCCUCUCAAGCAAUAUCAUCAAAUAGCAGCCCUGUCAAAUCCUCUAUGGUCGCUGCACACCAAGUCCGAAGAAACAGAAGUUAAAACAACCCUCAAGGCAGCUAAGUCGAAUGCUGCAACCUUGUCUCGAGCUGUCAACGCCGCUAUCUCUCAGAUUGAUUGUCAUAUCCCGCGGUUGCCAGACACGCUCCACCAUCAGUCGGUCUACCUCUCUGACAACUCUAAGACUCCGAUGGUCAUCGAUACCGGAGCAUCUGUCUCAAUUACACCUCAUAAGUCAGAUUUCAUCUCUAAAGUCCGCCCUAGCCAACUCAAAUCUAUAAAUGGCCUCCAAGGAUCGUGUGAGGUUGUGGGAAGUGGAACAGUUGAAUGGACUGUCAGAGAUGUCUAUGGAUCGGUGCGACGGAUCAGAACUACGGCUUACCUGGUUCCAUCAGCACAGAUUCGAUUGUUCUCUCCACAAUGCUACUUCCAAGAGACAAAGGGAGCCGGUUCCCUUUUCUUGAACCACCGCAAAGUUGUCCUCACGCUCGCUGACGAAUCGGAACUUGAGUUUCCAUUCCAGUCAAACAAUAUUCCAAUGAUGUUGGACGCGAGUGCCCAUUGCGCUGGACUAGGCUUUGAAGAAGCCAACAUGCUCUGUGAAGAACAAGAUGUGUUAGGAAUGUUGUCCGUUGGAGCUGAAAACAAUCAAAAUCUUACCGCUGGUGAGAAAGAGAUGCUGCUUUAUCAUGCCAAGCUUGGGCAUGCUCACUUCAAAUGGAUUCAGCGUCUCCUAGCACAACCUAACGAUCCGACUCAAGACGCAAUCUCACCAUGUCGCCAUAAAGGAGCAAGUAACUCACAACGGACCAUUCUCUGUGCCGCUUGUGAACUUGGCAAGCAAGCGCGACGAACUCCUGAAUCACAACAUGCCUUUGAUGAUCGGGAGAUGGCUAUUCGAGAGGGAGACCUGACACCGGGUGCCAAAGUUUCCAUCGAUAGCUACGUUUCUUACGUACCUG